AUGUCUCUUAGAUACGUCCAGUUCAUAGAAGGGUUCAUGAACUCUGCCAACAAAUACUUCCUUGCUGGGCACCCCGUGAACUUCUACCUGUUCACAGACAGUCCCGAGAAGACCUCCCACCUUCAGAUGGCCCCUGAGAACCACCUGUUUGUCAUCCCUGUGCAGCAGGACCCCAGGUGGCAGGACAUCUCCAGGAGCCGCAUGGACAUCAUCAGCUCCUACAUCCAGAGGCAGUUCCAGCACGAGGUGGACUAUCUGUACUCCAUGGACGUCAACGUCCAGCUCCUGGCACACAUCGGCGUGGAGAUCAUCGAUGCCCUGGUGGCCACCAUCAGCUCCUGGCAGGUCACCCCACAGCAGGACAACAAAGCCUCUGAGACACACCCCGAGUCACACCCUGCCAUCCCUGAGGGACAAGGGGAUUUUUACUACACAGCCAGCUUCUAUGGGGGCAGCGUGUCCGAGGUGUACAAACUGACCCGAGCCUGCUCUGCAGGGCUGCUGCAGGACAGAGAAAAUGGCAUUGAGACCUCCUGGCACCACGAGAGCCACCUCAACAGGUACCUCCUGCAGCACAAGCCCACUCGCCUGCUGUCCCCAGAGUACUACUGGGACACAGAGCUGAGCCCCAGCAGCAUCCAGGUGAAGAGGAUGUGCCCUGUGCACCAGCACAGCCAGGGGCAAGCUCCUCAAACAAAGAAUGUGAGGCCUUUCCUCUUCACAGCCCCACUAAACUGA